UUAACUUCCUAGCGGGAAGCCGCUAUCGGGAAGUGUCCACAGACAGCAGGAAUCAAUGAUAUAGUCGCAGUCAUACCAAUAAAAGCAAGAUGAAGCUAUCCCGAGCUGAAUAUAAAGAGAUUGCGAGAUGGACUGAUCAGCUGAGACCUACCCGACAGUGUAUGAAGAUGCUGAAGGAAAGAUUUCCAAAUCACUCGCAGUCCACUCUUCUGAGCAUCUUCUCCCUGGAGUACCAGAAACGAACCAAAAAAACAAUCUUUAGACACCAUGCACCAGAUGUUAUUGAACGCCACUACCAAAGGUAUCUGAGUGAAGCCAAGGCACAUCCCUCUGCUCCUGUCCUGCUGGAGUUGGCCAAUGAGGUGGAUCUGUCUCCUGCACUGAUGGCUCGUAUCAUCCUGGACAGGUUCCUUCAGGGCCUGGAGGGUGGAAUGCCCUCUAAAACAGUCCUCAACAGCAUGCUCAAGGACCCGUCUUUAAUUCCAGACCCAAUCCUGGCCAAUAACAUCUACCAGUGCACAAUAAAUGACUGCUGUUAUGGACCGCUGGUAGACUGCAUCAAACACGCUAUUGGCCAAGAACAUGAGGUGCUGCUCUGUGACAAACUGAAGGAGAGGAACCUGUCCUUUCUAGAUGAGAACCAGUUGAGAACUAUGGGCUACGACAAAACACCUGAUAUCAUCCUGGAGGUUCCCAUUGCCGUAGAGGGACACAUUGUACACUGGAUCGAGAGCAAAGCGUCAUUUGGAGACGACCACAGUCACCGCACCUAUCUCAACGAACAGUUCUGGAGCUACUGGAACAGAUGGCAUUCCAGCCGUCACUUGAGGUUUGGUCCGGGCCUUGUGAUCUACUGGUACGGCUUCAUAGGAGAGCUGGACUGCCAGAGAGACAGAGGUAUCCUGCUCAAAGACUGCUUCCCCACAGACAUUGUCACCCUGUGCCACGCCGCCCAGCAGGACCGACCGCCUCAAGAGCCAGAAUAAAGACAAAAGAGUGAGAAAACAAAAAAAAACUUGAGAUGGAAGGAAGGAGAGAGGAAGACAAGGAGGCGGGAAGUGUAGGAACAGGGCUGGAUACUUAGAUCCGGAAGCAAUUUGGCUUUCCUGCAGUGUGAGACGACUGGCAAAAAAAAAAAAUCUGCCCUGAACUCCACCUGACCCUCUGUCUCUGUCUGUCUCUCCCUUCCUCUCUUUCACUGCCCCAAAGCUACCACAUGUAAAUACACACCAUCGUUCUGUAUAUCUGACAGCACAGGGUCAGAGUCAUACCUGUGUGCGAAAACACCGUCUUGGAGGCUUUCCUGGUCGCGGUCAGCCCCUGGCCCCUGGAUGGCCUCUCGCAACGGGCAGCCAGGGUGAGAGUCGGGGCCGAAGCAGGACAUAUGGCCCUUCCUUAUCACACCCAAAGCCCUGGCCUUUGUCACUCCUUCCUCCUCCACUCCAUAGGCAGAUAAGAGAGGUGCGGUCCGGGGGCUGGGUGGACGCCUGUCUCUCACCUGCGUCACUCGGUGCCCUCUCAGUCACUCUCCAGGGGGGUAAACAAGAUUGUUUCUGAUUUAAGACGGCCUCGCUGUGACCUCUUCUACUUUAUAAAAUCUAUGGAGCAUUUUUUUUUUUUUUUUUUUUUGGCACAGAGGGUUGAAGCAAGGGCUCACACUGCAACUAAAUGUCAUCACAGAAUUAUUAACCACAUUUUAGUGUCAGUUAUCUUAAUUACUGUAAUUAUUUAACCAUAAAUCUUCACAUUUUGGGUGCAGUCUCUUACACAGCUACCACUAAUGUCAAAUGCCAACGAUUUUGAUGAUAUGACACAACAGGUGUUUCUGUUUUUCUCCUCAGGUGGCUUGCAUGGUGUAACAUAGGUAUGGUUAAAGGUCCAGUGUGCAGGAUUUAGUGGCAUCUUUUUAAAAAAGAUAUAAUUCAAAUUUUGAUUGUUUUUCAUUAGGGUGGUACAUGACGGUUCUAGAUGUCAAAUGAGACAUUCAGUCUUGACUAACAAAAAUAAUACAAACAGGAUAAUAAAGAUCCGUACAAGAGGGGUUACAGCACCAGUCUUAAUCCACCAAAAAACAGUCAAAAGAAUAGAAUUAAACUGGAAUAAAUAAACACAUUAAAAUUGACAGUGAAAAUAAUAUACAUUUAUAUUUAAAAAAAAAAAAAAAAAGAAAAAAAAAGGAAUAAAUACAAAAACAAAAAGUUGGCAGGGCAAAACAAAAAUCACUACCUGACAAAAUCACACUUCCAGGCCCCCGGACCAUACAAAAUAAUUCCAGAAAUCCCCCCUGAUUGGUCCUUGAGCACGAUUAGUCAUUCUAGUCAACGUAGAUUCAUAAGAGACAGUUUUUAUUAUCAUGAAGGUGACCCAUUCAUUUAGUGGCAUCUUCAUGAUUAUAUUCAUAAUCAUUAGUUUAUCACCGGCAAAUGAGAAACAUGUUUUUGUUACCUCAGAUCGAGCCGUUUAUAUCCACAUACAAAGCAGGCCCUCCUCCACAAAGUGGAUUGUGUUGUUCUACAGUAGCCCAGAAUGGACAAACUGGCUCUGGAUAGGGCCAUUCACGUUUUAACUUUGGCCACCAUGUUUCUCCUGCGCGCUUGGCACACUGGAGAAGUUUCAGUUCUGCAACCUCACAGCUAGAUGGCACUAAGUCCUGCACACUGGACCUUUUAAGUAUUAUAUUUUUAAUGUUUUUUUUUUUUUUUUUUGACAUUUUUAAUCUGAUUAGUUCAUAGUUGACUCUACAAAACAUUGGGGUGGCUGGAGGCUAUCACAAAUUCUGGGCCAACAGUCCAAAACCCAAAGAAAUUUAAUUUACAGUGAUAAAACAGAGAAAAGGAUUAAAAUCAUGAAGUGAGAAGCUUGUUUGGCAUUUUCUGCUUCACAAAUUAAAAUGAUUAAUGAUCAUCUAAAUUAGUGGCGAUUAACUUUCUUAAGCAACACGUCAUCUCAGCACUGGUCAUAGUUCUCCAGGUUAUUUACAAGCCUAAAGUCUGUAUUGAAUAUCUUCCAUAUAAGCUGCGUUAUCUCACAUUUGCUAACAUCAGCUAGCAAGCCAAGUAGCCUGAUGUUACAGUGUUCUCCACUGAAGGGAGACGGUGUCUGUUGAAGCAGAUAGUCGAGGUCACAGUGUAAUAAACUGCAAAUUAAUUAGGUCUAUAUGUCAGCUGCCAUGAAAGCGCACUGUAGAGUUGUAAAGAAUUCAGUCCACAUUUUACGUUGUGAUAAGAAGAAAGUGCCAUUUUGUAUGUUUAUUAUUAAUAAAUAAGUUUUGAUACAUGA